AAGAUUCAUCCAGACAAAUAAAUUGAAAGAAGUAUAGUUGUUAGAGAAAUUAAUUUUAAAAAUUUAAUUCAAACUGGAUCCAGGAGAAGAAGACCGUUCCUCGGAAAGUGCGUCAUCCUUUAGAUUUUAUUUUAGACUCAGUUCUCUCUCUUCUGUUAAAAUUAUAAUUUUUACAAACGAACUCCGAGACCACUCUGUCUCACUCUACACAUUCAGUCUUUCUUCUAAUCUUCAAACAAGACUCUAGCCACACUAAACUAAGCUAACCUUUUCAAUGGUUGCCGGUAAAGUGAGAGUGGCAAUGGGUUUGCACAAGUCACCUGCAAAGUCUAAGCAAGAACCUCUGCCAGCCAAGUCACAUUCACCUUCGCCUAGUUCAGCCAAGGGCUCUUCUCAAAAGCCUGUCUUUUCACGCUCAUUCGGUGUGUACUUCCCUCGCUCCUCUGCUCAAAUCCAGCCUCGCCCACCUGACGUCACUGAGCUGCUCCGCCUCGUCGAAGAGCUCCGAGAAAGGGAGUCACUGUUAAAGACUGAACUUGUUGGUCAGAAGCUGUUAAAAGAAACGGUAGCCAUUGUUCCAGUUCUUGAAAACGAGAUCGCUUCUAAAAACGCUGAGCUUGAACGUUCUUUGAAAAUGAUUGAGGCUUUGCGGUCUGAAAAUGAGAGAUUGAAAGAAAUGUUCGAGGAGGCCACGAGAGAAAGUGAGAGGAAGAUAAAAGCCAUGGAAGAGGAAAUUGAUGAGCUGAAGAAAACGGUGUCGGAUCAAAGCAAGACAGAGUCAUCAUCAAUAGAAAAUGACGAGCUUUCUUCUUCUCAGCGGUUUCAGGGACUUAUGGAAGUCACAGUGAAAUCAAACCUCAUCAAAAAUUUGAAAAAAGGAGUUAAAUGUGCGGAAAGUUCUGUUUGUUCAAGUUCUGAUUCUAACAAUCACAAGCUUGAAAGACAAGACUCCAAGAGAGAAGACUCAGAAAGCGAGAAACGUAAAUUUUCUCACUCGCGGUGUAACUCAGAAGAACUGGUUUUCUCGUUCGAGUCAACUCAUUCCAGUAUCAGGCCCCGUGUUCCUCGUGUUCCAAAUCCACCGCCAAAACCAUCUUCAGCGGCGUCUGUUUCAUCACAUAAUAAGCUUCCAUCGGAAAAACAGAUUCCACCGCCGCCUCCGCCGCCGCCUCUCCCUAAGCCUGUACCUCCUCCACCAAGGUCGGCGCCUCCGCCACCUCCGCCGCCGCCAAAGGGGCUAACAGCUGGUUCAGCGAAGGUGAGGAGGGUUCCGGAGGUGGUGGAGUUUUACCAUUCCUUAAUGCGGAGAGAUUCACGGCGGGAUUCUGGGGCCGGUGUGGCCGAAGUAUUACCGGUGACGGCAAAUGCGCGUGACAUGAUAGGCGAGAUAGAGAACCGCUCGGCGCAUUUACUCGCUAUAAAAACAGAUGUGGAGACGCAGGGAGAUUUCAUCAGGUUUCUGAUCAAAGAAGUAGAAAAUGCUGCAUUUGCAGAUAUUGAGGAUGUUGUUCCAUUUGUCAAAUGGCUGGACGACGAGCUCUCUUACUUGGUGGAUGAAAGAGCUGUGCUUAAACACUUUGAGUGGCCAGAGCAAAAGGCGGAUGCAUUGCGGGAGGCAGCAUUUGGGUAUUGUGAUCUUAAGAAGCUUGAGUCCGAGGCUUGUUCGUUUCGCGAUGAUGCCCGCCAGCCAUGUGGUCCUGCUCUCAAAAAAAUGCAGGCUCUGCUUGAAAAGUUAGAGCAUGGUGUUUACAAUCUCUCACGAAUGAGAGAAUCCGCUGCAAAGAGAUACAAAGGCUUUCAAAUUCCUAUGGAUUGGAUGCUUGAAACUGGAAUUGUAAGCCAGAUUAAACUGGCAUCUGUAAAACUAGCCAUGAAGUAUAUGAAGAGGGUCUCAGCUGAGCUCGAAAUAUUUGGUGGUAACCCUGAAGAAGAGGAACUAAUUGUGCAAAGCGUAAGAUUUGCUUUCCGCGUACAUCAGUUUGCUGGAGGAUUUGAUGUGGAAACAAUGAGGGCAUUCCAAGAACUGAGAGAUAAAGCCCGAUCGUGCCAUGUUCAAUGCCAAAACCAUACUCAACAGAAAUUUGUAUGCAGGUCUGCAACUUGCUAAUCUGUAGCAAACUUAGCUUCAGAAAUGCCACCAGUUUAUCAGUUGUAAAGAUAGAACACGAUGUCCGUGAAUACGAUUGCAAGAUCCCACCUUGCGUUAAGAUGGAUUUAUCACAUAAUUAUUUAAGAUAAGAUAAUCCCAUGUCAACAAUUAUUUAUUUAUUUUUUUUACUUCUGUUGCGUGUUCCAGUACUAGACAAAAUUUAGCGCCUUCUAACACAUGAAGCAGUUUCUCUCUGUAUCCGAAAAUUCAUUCAUUUAUAACCUGCCAUUCGCCACCUGCAUUGCCUUUGUGUUCUUGAUUGCAUGAGCUCAAUUUCUGCUAUUGGCACUGACUAUUACAGGUGGGAUGAUUAGAAGGCCAUAUUGAAGAUGAUGUGGUAAUUACAUAGAUGAUUAAGCAAAUGUGAUGAUUUUAGAUGGUUUAUGAUCAAUAUAUUUAUGAUUCAGCUGAAAGCAACAGUUUUAUGUCUAGAAAAUCGAAGCUUUCUGCCUAGAAUCAAAUGCUGCACGUUCAAAACAAAACAUGGGCCGACUGGUUUGAUGAUUGAUGCUGAGAUCUUAUGUUGUGCGACUAAUUAACUUGCUCAAGACUUUGAAUUGGUUUGCACACUUAAACAAGAGAAACUCAAUGCAAUCGGAAAUCGAUUAAAGUCAAUUUUUACCUGGUUCGAGGAUAUGUCUACCAUCAUCAAUCUUAAAAUUUUCGAAAGUAUUUCACAAGCAAAAACUGAUUUAAAAAUAGUAAAUAUGGAUAUUAGAUUAAUCGUUAUUUAAUUUAAAAUUAUUUAAUCACGUUAUUUAUAAACCUAAAAAAAAAAAAUCUUCAAUAAAUUGAUGAAUUAAAUGGUAACACCUAGGUUUAUUCGUAUUUGAGCGUCGGCUACUGGUUUUCAAAUUCUCGAAUAAAUUAACCGUCGUCUGUUUCUGUAUCCAUUUUGACCGAACCCAUGCCCAGCCCACCCGCCCGUCCAGUCUCAAACUCAACUGAGUUGAUGGGUACUGUUGUGUUCUAGUAUUGUCUGGGUGCUUGAAAUGAGUCGCUUCUUGGAUCUAAACUUUCCCUUUAUUUCUUCAACUGAGUUUGGGCCUCUCAAUCGCCCAAGGCGUAUUAAUAUCUGCUCGCAGUAUUCAUUAAACAGAAUUGACGUUUCUCUCAUAAACCGAUCAUCUCUUCAACUUAAUAGAUAUUAUUACCCAGUUAAAGCCACCCUCACCACUACUACAACCAUGGCAGCCGAGCAAAGUGGCAGCACGAGCCCACCCUUGAAACUCUUAUUUGUAGAGAUGGGUGUUGGCUACGAUCAACAUGGGCAAGAUGUUACAGCUGCAGCUAUGAGGGCUUGCAGGGAUGCCAUCUCGUCCAAUUCAAUUCCUGCAUUUAGGAGAGGGUCUAUACCUGGUGUCACAUUUGAACAAAUGAAACUAUUGAUCAAGCUAGGAGUUCCUCAUUCUCUCCAGCAAUCUUUGGAUAUUGAGAGGGUCAAAUCAGUCUUUCCUUAUGGGAAAAUUUUGAACGUUGAGGUUGUUGACGGGGGACUAAUAUGCUCGAGUGGGGUGUAUGUGGAAGAAAUGGGAGACAAAAAUGACGACUGCUACAUAGUGAAUGCUGCAGUUUAUGUGGGAUACUAGAGUUUUAUUUUCUGGGAUCUCUUGUUGAGGCUUGCUGUGAUUAUCAUCCACUCUAUAAUGCAAAUGGGAUUUUGUUAUUUUGUCUGGUAGAUGGAAUUCUGGACUUUUCUGUCAUUUUCAAGUUGAAAAAAUAAACCACUGAGUUGGCACUUGGCUCCAUAGCUUCACGGACUAACUCUUUCAUUUUCACAAUAAUAUAUUGUCUUCACCGACUAAAUCGUCAAAUGCCAAAUAGUGAUUUUACUGUUAA